UCGGAAAUUCCUUGAAUUACUCUUUUUUCUAUGUCCGUCUUUCUAUAAAUAGAAUUCAAGAAGUUGUCAGUAAAAACAAAGAUUUUAUAAAUUAACGAGCAGGGAGUCUUGUGGCCAGCAUAAAGACCCGUACCCAUCGGAGUUUUGAAAUUCCAAAUACCAGUCUUCAUUGAGAUUCGAAACCAGGACCAAAGAUUCGGAAGCCAAGUACUUAACCACUCAGCCGCCUUGACUUCUGACAUAGACACGGUAGAUAACUUUUGAUUUACACGAACUCGUCAAAGAUGUUCUGCAAGAGAAAAACUCAAACUGAUAGAAAAGUAUCGAAAAGACUCAAAACAGAAAAAAACUGUACAGACCUUUGUUUUCCUCUAGACACCUUUGGAAUUAAUGGAUCAGAGGAUCAGACUGACCUAGCAGACUUCUCCAGUCUUCGGGAUCCUCAUCAUUUCACCAGUGACCAGUCCAAAGUCCAGUCAGAUGAAGUUGAAGGUCCACUAAUUGGUAAGCAUGAAACUCAGGAGUCAGAAGGUGGAGAAGCUGAUCUACACAAACAUCUUGUGGGCUGUAAGAAGAAUCCAGGUCAUAGACAGUUUAUACCUGUUGAUACAUUCAACUUGAAACAUUUACCUGAAGGUCUUCAAGACAAUGAUUUGUAUGAAUACAUCAAAGUUAUAGCUGACCUCACAGUUAGAGUUGAUGUUAGAAUGUCAAGUCCAGACAGGCCAAAGUUUUACUCAAAGACAACUCAACCAUAUCCAUUUUCUAACAUGAGUGAGAGAAGAAACUUAAGGACAGGAAGUGGAAGAGUUUGGUAUGUAAACAUGUUUCAAGAUGGAGUCUGGCAAGAUGGACGUAUUGGACCUACUGACUACACAAAGUGUUGGUGUAGAAAAUGUGAAGGUUCAAACUCACCCAGCAACGUGUGGUGGGAGUUUGAUGUGAACACAGCCACACAUGUGGUUUUUGAUGCCAUUGAGGCCAACCACACAACCUUGAGAUUGUUUUAUGAUAGACAUGACAGCCAAGUGGUCAGUGUUGAUAAGGUCAGUGUUGGUUAUGUAAACAUUGAUUAUGACUGGUGUGUGUUGAACUGUGUGACAUGUGAUAAAACUUUAGGAAAUAAACUGAUUGAAAUGUUCAAACAUUUUGAAAAUGUCUGGGAGAAAGUCUGGGACAAAUACUCUGCCUCUAGUCCUUCACACAAGUUGACCUUUAUAGUGUCACAUCCUCAUGGAUGUUCUAAACAGGUCAGUGUUGGUCAAUGGAAGGACAGACUAGAGGUGGGUAGUAGAUAUAAGUUUACUUAUACAACUUGUACAUGUCCAGGAAGUAGUGGAGCACAUGUCCACUGUCUGGGGUAUAGAGACCUCUGGACUUGGUCUGAACUUGUCCACAGUGGAAGUAUCAAGCCUGGAUUAAAUUUCAGUGGAGUUGGUUAUGUCUUGUAAGUUGUUUCCCUUGUGAGUUGUCCAGCUCCACCAUGAAGAUGUCUUUGAGAACCCUUGACAUUCUGAACAUCAAACUCAAAUGUCUCUUUGGUCUUGAGUUAUGUAAAUAAAUUGUGAAUGUUGUCUUUAAAUUUACAAUGUUUUGUUUCCUUUUUUAUCCAUGUUGUUAUUUGUAAUUUACAUUUAAAAUAAUUGAGAACCUUUUGAAGUAGAAAGAAAAUCUACUAAGUGUAGAUCUAGAACUUGCAAUCGAUAAU